UUCCCAGUGCUGACUUUAAAGUUGGGGUAGAUGGAUUGACAAGUUUACAAAUGAGUGGCGUGGCGAGUUUGUCUGAAACGCAGGAUUAGUGCGUCUUCUCACUUCCUUGUAGACUGCGAGUGCGCAGGGAUGUUGUGAGGUUAUCCUGUAUCAUGUGACAGUCGGGGAUCCACGUUUAUCUCUACGGGAAUAAAGUCAGACGUAUUUGAAGAAAACGUUAAGGUCUGAACCAUGGCCAGUGCAUUUAAAAACAUUCGAACGGUAAUGAUCACGGGUGCUAGCCGUGGCCUCGGUUUGCAAAUGGUAGAGACUUUGGUGUCAGGAAACUUUUUUCCGGGGAUAAUAAUAGCGACAGCCCGUAAUCCAGCCGGUGCCAAGGAAUUACAAAGUUUGGCUGGAAAAUAUCCGAGUAUUCAUAUUAUCACUCUAGAUGUUGUGAACCAAGAGAGCAUAGAGAGGGCUGCACAAGAAGUUGACCAGCUGGUAGCGGAAGAUGGACUCAACUGUUUGAUCAAUAAUGCUGGCAUCAAUGUAGUGGCCAACUUUGAGACAGUCACUGCAGAGAAAAUGCUGGAAAACUUCCAUACCAACUCGGUGGCCCCACUGAUGAUCACCAAGGCUUUCCUUCCUAUACUGAAGCGAGCCGCUGCCAAAGGCACAGGCAUGGGCAUCCACAGGGCUGCAGUCAUUAACAUCACCUCACUGCUGGGCUCCGUGGAACUCAACUGGGGUGACCGUGCUAACAACUUCAAGUGGUACCCCUAUAGGACAUCAAAGAGUGCACUGAACAUGGUGACCAGGUGUAUGGCAGUGGACCUGGAGGCUGACGGGAUUCUGUGCAUGGCAUUGCACCCUGGCUGGGUCCGCACAGACAUGGGGGGGCAAGAGGCCCCACUGAAUACAGAGGAGAGCAUCUCAUCAGUGCUGUCCGUGAUUGGAGGGUUGACUGAAAAGGAUCAUGGGUCAUUUUUACACUACACUGGGGAACCAUUACCAUGGUGAUCUAGAGGAAAUGGAUUUACAUAGUUUAGAUUAUUAUUUAUUGUUUGCUAAUUAUGUGAUUGUGCUAAAAUCACAUACUGUGUCUCUUAAAAGGAAACAUGGAUUUUUCAACCUGGAUCUUUUUGGAUCCAUAUUUUUAUUAGAGACAUAAAUGAUCGAAAUCGGUCCGUGAAGCGGUGGAAGAUUGCUAGUACAGGAUGAGGCAUCAUGUAAAAUCACAAGGAACAUUGACAAGCUCCAUAAACUAAAUAAGCAAGUUGAUCGUAUUUAGUCUUAGAGCACAAGCCAAGUAAGAAAUCUCAUUUGUAUUUGACUGUGAUUUUGGUUUGUCAUCAAACAGCCCAUAUAAGUCACAUUGCAACCAACUCUUAAACACUUGAAGGGGACUUGAGUGUCAGUACUUUACUAUAACCAGUAACAAGGUAGGCUGGAUGAAGACAGCUAAGUAUUUAGCACCCUUGCCAGCAAUCCAUGCUACUUAAAUGGCAGCUUGCAAAGAUGGUUAACGUUAUUCCUACCAAUAUUUUGCGUAAACCAUUACAGCACAAACCAGUUAUGAAAUUGAAUUUGCCUAUUGCGGUUGUGUUGGUUUGUAAUCAGCAAACAACCCUUAUAAAGUUUUCGCAUUGAAUUCGAGAUAAUUGGCUAAACUACUUUGGUAAUUUCAUUGCAUGCUAGCAAAACCUACGUCUGGUGUGUUUGAUACUUUUCUGAAAGGUCAGCAGGUCAUUGAAACAUUCAACCAACUGCAUGCUUACAAAACAGCGUUCGACUACACACCAACAGCCAGUCGUAUAACACUGGUAAACAGGUCAAAGUUUCUUAGGGAUGAGGGAGUUGUCAACAUUCAACUGUUGGUAAUUUUACACAACAUAAUACGGUGUACUGAUAUCAUUAUGUCAACAAUUAAAUCUCUCAGCAAAUAACUGAGGCAGAGAAAUCUCUUAAUGAACGAAAAGGGGUUUACUAGGAAAUUGUUGGAGACGAUAGCAUUCCAUCAUCUCAUUCAUCAACUUCUGGACUACAUUACCCACAAACCCCAGUGACAACCAUAGGUACAGGAAAGAAUUUACAAGAAUACAUCAAAAGAAUACCCAAGCCUUCAUAAUGUGCAUGUAUUAUUUACCUAAUGUCAGCUGUGCCGAUAAGACACAAAUAUGAAAAUUGUUAUGGUAUCCAAAGUGACCUAGAAACUAAUUUUGGGGGAAAAAAUGUAAUAAACAACAACCAAAGCAUUAUGCACAAUACAACACAAUUCUUAUAACAGUAUUGUAUAUCAGACCAUAACAAAAUGAACUAUAAUAAUAUAGAAAUCGUAGGGCUUGUAACAAAUACAUUAGAAUGACAGAUGAGUUCUAAAGAGGUGAGACUUUAAAUGCUUUGUGAUGCUCUUUGAAUGUACCAUGGCUGUCACUUGAUUAAAUAGCACUAAGUAGGUAAUUUCACCACUGAGGUACCACUAAUGAAAAGAGUUUUGAUUGCCAUAUCUGGCUGUGGAGAGAAGGCAACGACAACAGACGUUCUUCAGAGGAACGUAGUGGUUGACUUUAUCCUAGAUCUUAAUAAGGUGCAUUUCACACAGUGAAAAGAGACCAUCAACUCAUUUUGAAAACACACACAUAAUUGUAAAGGUUACAGUAUGCAACGGCUAAGAGCUGCUGUGGCAUAACCACAGUCGUAUUUUCUAGUGGAAAUGUAUCUGUAGUUGCUGUUAAGAAUGUCAUCUUUUCAUUUGCAUCAAAUUUACACAUAAAGAGGGAAGGGAAGGAUAAGUAGAAACCCAGCGAGAUUUCUAGAAAUCAUGUUGUUUGGAGCAGUAACUGAAAGACUUGAUUGUAUUGUAUAGUUUUCAUAUCAACAUAUUCAGCAUUUCUUGUCAUGAAGCUUCAGCAUCUUGAAACCAAACAAAAUUAUAUGUGAAAAUGUUUAUCUUUAUUUAAGGAAAAAGUGUUUUGGAACAUAUGUGCUGUAUGAUGAAUUGUGGCUUAUAGAAAUAGCCAUCCCUUCAGUAAUAUAUCAACAGCUGACAAGAUUUUAGUUUGUGUCUGUAUUGUGUUACUCCAGAUAUGAAACUGUGGCAUUGAACAAUAAAGCAUGUUGUUGUUGGCA